AGAGAGUGCAUUUCGGUUCACAUCGGACAGGCCGGCGUCCAGAUCGGAAAUGCGUGCUGGGAGCUGUACUGCUUGGAGCACGGCAUUCAACCCGAUGGCCAGAUGCCGUCGGAUAAAACUAUUGGAGGUGGCGAUGAUUCCUUCAACACCUUCUUCAGCGAAACUGGGUCUGGAAAGCAUGUGCCUCGCGCGGUGUUUGUAGAUUUGGAACCGACUGUUGUGGAUGAGGUUCGCACGGGUACCUAUCGGCAGCUAUUUCAUCCAGAACAAUUAAUCACGGGCAAGGAAGACGCAGCAAAUAAUUAUGCCCGAGGACACUACACCAUUGGUAAGGAGAUCGUCGAUAUAGUUCUGGAUCGCAUACGAAAGCUUGCCGACCAAUGCACCGGCCUGCAAGGGUUCCUUGUUUUCCACUCUUUUGGUGGAGGUACCGGAAGUGGUUUCACUUCAUUGCUUAUGGAAAGGCUGUCGGUUGAUUAUGGAAAGAAGUCCAAGCUUGAAUUUUCUAUAUACCCGGCACCUCAGGUCUCAACGGCAGUGGUGGAGCCAUAUAAUUCUAUCCUAACCACCCACACCACUCUGGAGCACUCUGACUGUGCGUUCAUGGUCGAUAACGAGGCCAUCUACGAUAUUUGCCGCCGAAACUUGGAUAUUGAGCGACCUACUUAUACAAAUCUUAACCGCCUGAUCGGCCAAAUAGUUUCUUCAAUAACUGCAUCGCUUCGCUUCGAUGGUGCCUUAAAUGUCGAUUUGACCGAAUUCCAAACUAAUUUGGUACCGUACCCUCGAAUUCACUUCCCCCUUGCCACGUACGCUCCGGUAAUUUCAGCUGAGAAAGCCUACCAUGAACAGCUCACUGUCGCUGAAAUUACAAAUGCUUGCUUUGAGCCGGCCAAUCAGAUGGUCAAAUGUGAUCCUCGUCAUGGUAAAUACAUGGCAUGUUGUAUGCUGUACCGUGGAGACGUUGUUCCAAAGGAUGUCAAUGCUGCAAUCGCAACCAUUAAAACCAAGCGUUCGAUUCAAUUUGUUGACUGGUGCCCCACAGGAUUCAAGGUCGGAAUCAACUAUCAACCUCCAACGGUCGUUCCUGGUGGUGACUUGGCCAAAGUACAGAGAGCGGUGUGCAUGCUGUCGAACACCACUGCCAUUGCUGAGGCCUGGGCCCGUCUGGAUCAUAAAUUUGACUUGAUGUAUGCAAAACGAGCUUUUGUACAUUGGUAUGUUGGAGAAGGAAUGGAGGAAGGAGAAUUUUCCGAGGCUCGUGAGGAUUUGGCUGCGUUGGAAAAGGAUUACGAGGAAGUUGGAGUUGAUUCAACGGAAGAGGUUGGAGAAGGCGACGAAUAUUAAUUCAAUCGAUGACAGCGGAUCAGGAUUCGACUUUUUUGGGUUCUGAAUAUUAGUGUCAAAUCAAAACGAUUUAACACGUAAAUGUUCAUUAAUUCAUUAAUCAGACAAACCAAAAAUAAUCAUCAUGUGAACCUUAACACUGCCCACACAACCAUAUCUACUGAUCACUUAUGCUGGAAAAAAGAUUAUCUUUAUUAACAGGUUUUAAUACAUGUACUAAUUUAUUUAUCGAAGCACAAAUUUUUCUCGAGA